AUGACUUUACAUUUCCCCAAAGGAGCAUUUCACAGUGAGACAACUCCAGAUCCAGACUGCCACAUCACUGCGCUGCUGACUGAGCAUAACCCGCCUCUGCUGUUUGAUCUUGACACAGACCCUGCUGAGAACUAUAACUUACUGAAACCGGUUAUCCCUAAAGAGCUCCAACCAAUUGUAAAUGAAAUCCAGAAUGAACGGGAAAGAUUUCUCAAGAGUAUGACUUAUGCAGAAACAUGUGGAAAUCGUCCUCUGGCAAGCUCUGACCUAGGCUCGCGCAUUGUUGGAGGGAAAGACGCCCUACCUGGGUCCUGGCCGUGGUUAGUCAGCAUCCAGCAGCCCAUCGAUGAAGAGACUUUUAUACACCUGUGCGGAGGCUCUCUCUUCAACACCCAGUGGAUUCUGACAGCCGCCCACUGCUUCAAGGAUCAAGAUGACUAUGUCUACUCCUGGAGAUUGGUGUUUGGACUCCAUAAACUGUCAGUUCUCGCCCCAGGAACGCAGUUUCGGGGCAUAUCCAAAAAGAUAGAACAUGAGAAUUAUAACCCCGACACAGAAGUCAAUGACAUCGCCCUGGUGGCUAUGGAUCGGCCAAUCUCUUACAGUAAAUACAUUCAGCCCGCGUGCCUUCCUCAGAAAACUGCAGAUCUUUCACUCAUGACUGAUUGCCACAUUGCUGGCUGGGGCACCCUGGAAGAAAGCGCUAUGGAACCAUCAGAUACUCUUCAAGAAGCUCGCGUACAGAUGAUUCCUGCCAAACGCUGCAAUAGCACUACAUGGUAUAACGGUGAAGUGCGUAUCUACAACCUAUGUGCAGGCUAUGAACAAGGAGGCAUUGACAGUUGCCAGGGUGAUAGUGGAGGACCACUAAUGUGCAAGGAACCUAUGACUAAUAUCUUUUCAGUGGUAGGAAUAACCAGCUGGGGAUCAGGCUGUGCGCAGGCACGAAGCCCAGGGGUUUAUACCUCCACCCAAUACUUUCUUAACUGGAUCUUGGACAAAACUAAGUACAACCCCACCAUCAAAAAAUCUCUUGGAUAA